CCGUUCGGGUUACGAAGUUUACACGGAAAUGAUGAAUGAAAUUUCAUGCGGGCAUAACCGCAUAAGGAUUAAGCACUGUGUUAACUGAUAAUUAAAGUCGACUGUCUUUAUCGACUUCUGUAUUCGUCGUUUUAAACACAAUUAAGAUCACCAGACUGAUGUACACAAAUUCAUUCGUUUCUUCUCUUCAAUUUCUAUGUCCUGUAAUUUGGGGCGAAAAACUCCAAUUCAUGAUUUCUCUUUUAUUUAGUCGAGGUUUCUUCUCCUAUUUCUCCAAUUCUCUAAGCUAUCUGUUCUUACUGUAUCUCUGAGGAGUACAAAGCUGGAGUGAGUAAAAUUGAUUGAGCAGUGAUGCCUUCCCUUCAACUUUUGCAACUAACGGAUCAUGGCCGUAGUUUUCUUCCUUCUAGAAGGAAAUCUUUGUUGCUGGCUUCUGGCAUUUUAGUUGCAGGUGGGACUGUUGCGUAUAUGCAAUCAAGAUCCAGCCGUAAGCAGUGUGAUUCUUUCAAAGAUUGCAAUGGGCCUGGUAGCUCAACUGAGGAUUCUGAAAUUGACAAUUCUAGUACUACUAUAUAUAAGGGAAGGCCACCAAAGAAGAAUGCAUUGAGCUCACUUCAAGUUUUAGUGGCCACUCUUCUGUCACAAAUGGGUAGGAGGGGUACUCAUGACCUAUUAGCUUUAGUGUCUGUUGUGAUUUUGCGGACUGCUGUAAGCAAUAGACUGGCCAAAGUGCAAGGUUUUUUGUUUCGAGCAGCUUUUCUUCGUCGUGUACCAUCCUUUUUAAGAUUAAUAAUUGAAAAUGUUAUGCUGUGUUUCCUUCGAUCAACCUUGCAUUCCACGUCAAAGUACAUAACUGGGACCCUAAGCUUGCGGUUCAGAAAAAUAUUGACAAAGCUUAUCCAUACUCAUUAUUUUGAGAAUAUGGUGUACUACAAAAUAUCCCAUGUCGAUGGCCGGGUAACUAAUCCAGAACAAAGAAUUGCUAGUGAUGUUCCAAAAUUCUGCUCCGAAUUAAGUGACCUUAUACAGGAGGAUCUUACCGCAGUUACAGAUGGGAUACUGUAUACUUGGCGCCUCUGUUCAUAUGCCAGUGCAAAAUAUAUCUUGUGGAUAUUGGCUUAUGUAUUGGGAGCAGGGACAAUGAUUAGAAAAUUUUCUCCUGCAUUUGGAAGGUUGAUGUCUGAAGAACAACAAUUGGAGGGGGAAUAUAGACAACUUCAUUCUCGAUUGAGGUCUCAUUCAGAAAGUAUAACUUUUUAUGGGGGAGAAGCUAGAGAAGAGUUUCAUAUUCAACAAAAAUUUAGGACAUUAGUAAAGCAUUUGGGUGUUGUCCUCCACGAUCAUUGGUGGUUUGGGAUGAUCCAAGAUUUUCUGCUAAAAUAUCUUGGUGCCACUGUAGCUGUUCUGUUGAUAAUUGAACCCUUUUUCUCUGGAAAUUUAAGGCCUGAUAACUCAACACUAGGACGUGCAGAAAUGUUGAGUAAUAUUAGAUAUCAUACUAGUGUUAUUACUUCCCUUUUUCAGUCUUUAGGUACAUUGUCUAUCAGCUCAAGACGUCUCAAUCGUCUCAGUGGUUAUGCAGGCCGUAUACAUGAGUUAAUUGCUAUAUCUCGAGAGCUUGGUUUUCGCGAUGGCUCUCUGUCACUUACAAAUGGAAGUAAAAAUUGCUUUAGUGAGGCCAAGUACAUUGAAUUUUCUGGCGUAAAGGUUGUUACUCCAUCUAACAAUGUGCUAGUUGAAGACCUGAAACUCAAAGUUGAAGCAGGAUCUAACCUUUUGAUUACAGGUCCAAAUGGUAGUGGAAAAAGCUCACUUUUCCGGGUUUUAGGAGGACUUUGGCCUUUGGUGUCUGGACAUAUAGCAAAACCUGGAGUUGGGUCUGACCUCAAUAAAGAGAUUUUCUAUGUGCCUCAACGGCCAUACACAGCUGUUGGCACUCUUCGAGAUCAGUUGAUUUAUCCUGUAACUUCUGAUCAAGAGGUUGAGCCUUUGACACGUGAUGGAACGAAAGAGCUCUUAAAAACUGUUGAUCUUGAGUAUUUGCUUGAUCGUUAUCCUCCAGAGACAGAGGUCAAUUGGGGUGAGGAACUUUCCCUGGGUGAGCAACAGAGAUUAGGAAUGGCAAGGUUGUUUUAUCAUAAGCCCAAGUUUGCAAUUCUUGAUGAGUGUACCAGUGCUGUGACUAUUGAUAUGGAAGAGCGCUUUUGUGCUAAAGUUCGGGCUAUGGGAACUUCGUGCAUUACUAUAUCACAUCGCCCUGCAUUAAUUGCAUUUCACGAUGUAGUAUUGUCCUUGGAUGGUGAAGGAGGAUGGGUUCACUACAAAAGGGAUAUUGAUAUUACUGUUUAUGAGAAUGGAAAGGAUGUAAUCAAGCCUUUAGAGUCUGACCGCCAAAAUGAUGCAAUGACUGUUCAACAAGCAUUUGCCACUGCCAAGAAGAGCUCCGCGUUCUCUAGAUCAAGCUCUGAAUCAUACAUCUCUGAGAUAAUGAAAGCAUCACCUACUUUAGAUAAAGCUGCAACUUUACCACUUGUUUCACAACUUCAAAUAACUCCAAGGGUGUUGCAUUUGAGAGUUGCAAACAUUUUCAGGAUUUUGGUCCCUACUGUGCUUGAUAAACAAGGAGCACAGUUACUUGCAGUUGCAGUUUUAGUUGUCUCUAGGACAUGGGUUUCAGAUCGUAUUGCGUCUUUGAAUGGGACUACUGUAAAAUUUGUUCUGGAGCAAGAUAAGGCAUCCUUUGUCCGUUUAAUAGGGGUCAGCAUUCUUCAAAGUGCCGCUUCUUCUUUCAUUGCUCCUUCUAUAAGGCACUUGACUGCUAGAUUAGCCCUGGGAUGGAGGAUCCGUUUGACUCAACAUUUACUCAAGAAUUACUUGAGAAGAAAUGCUUUUUACAAGAUUUUUCACAUGUCGAACAAAAGUAUAGAUGCUGAUCAGAGACUAACUCACGAUUUAGAAAAGUUAACCAAAGAUAUAUCAGGGCUGGUUACUGGAAUGGUGAAGCCAACGGUUGACAUUGUGUGGUUCACUUGGAGAAUGAAGCUAUUAACAGGCCGAAGGGGUGUUGCUAUAUUAUAUACAUAUAUGUUGCUUGGACUUGGAUUUUUGAGGAGUGUUACUCCAGAGUUCGGUGAACUUGCAAGUCAACAACAAACGCUCGAGGGAACAUUCAGGUUUAUGCAUGAGAGGUUGCGCACACAUGCUGAAUCUGUUGCUUUCUUUGGAGGAGGUGCUCGGGAAAAGGCGAUGGUUGAAGCAAAAUUUGAGAAACUCCUCAACCACUCGUUGCUUCUAAUGAAGAAGAAGUGGCUUUAUGGUAUACUUGACGAUUUUGUCACCAAGCAGCUCCCGCAUAAUGUUACAUGGGGAUUGAGCUUAUUAUAUGUCAUGGAACAUAAGGGGGACCGGUCCUUGACUUCCAUUCAAGGUGAUCUUGCUCAUGCAUUACGCUUUUUGGCAUCAGUUGUGUCACAAAGCUUUUUAGCUUUUGGUGAUAUUCUUCAGCUGCAUAAGAAAUUCGUUGAGCUUUCUGGUGGUAUCAAUCGAAUUCUGGAGCUGGAAGAGUUUUUGGAUGCCGCUCAAUCUGAUCACUUUUCUCAUACUUCAUUGGCUUCUGAAGAAAAUUACACUCUUUCUGAAGAUACCAUUUCUUUCUCUGAUGUUGACAUUAUCACCCCAUCCCAGAAAUUGCUGGCAAGACGAUUGACAUGUGACAUUGUAUCAGGAAAAAGUCUUCUGGUUACGGGUCCAAAUGGGAGUGGAAAAAGUUCAUUGUUCAGAGUCCUUCGUGGUGUUUGGUCCAUUGUUAGUGGAAGACUCAGCAAACCAAGGCAACUUUAUGAAAGAGGAAUUGAAUAUGAUUGUGGUAUUUUUGUUGUUCCUCAACGACCAUAUACAUGUCUAGGAACCCUGAGGGAUCAGGUUAUAUAUCCUCUGUCUCGGGAGGAAGCACAGAUAAGCGUACUACAGAGACAUGGAGGUCAUUGUACUUGCAAUUCCUCAACUUUUUUGGAUAUGCACUUGAAAGACAUACUAAAAAAUGUUAAGCUGCUCUAUCUAUUGGAGAGGGAAGGUGGAUUGAAUGCUAUUCUAAAUUGGGAAGAUGUUCUCUCUCUAGGAGAACAGCAGAGGAUAGGGAUGGCGCGCUUGUUCUUCCACAAGCCUAAAUUCGCUGUCCUUGAUGAAUGCACCAAUGCAACAAGCAUUGAUGUGGAGGAGCACUUAUAUAAGCUCGCUAAUGAACUAGGCAUUACAGCUAUAACUUCAUCUCAGCGUCCUGCUUUGAUUCCAUUUCAUGCAAUGGAAUUGCGACUGAUUGAUGGAGAGGGUAGUUGGGAACUUCGCAAAAUUAAUCAUUGAUUCUACAGAUAAUAUAACAAGGUUGAUGAAUACAGUCCAAGUACAGAGAUUUUAAUUGCUAUGUUCCAUAUUUUAGGGGUAGCAAUGUUGUGAACAUUAUUUUGGCCUCGGAAGAGCAAACCUUACCCUUGAAACGAACGGGUAGGAACUGCUUGCGGGGAAGUCAGAAUAAAUAAUACCGCGCUUAGAUAAAUGUAAGUAAUGUAAUCAUAGGAAUAUGUUCCCGUAUAGGCUGUAUAAGUAAUCUAAGAUAAAUUUUGAUUCAUCCCGACUCUUGUAUAAGCGAUCUAUAUUAAAUCACUGCUUAUUUAUAUUUAUUUGUUCCUAGUGAAAGCAAUUAACAUAUUACGUGCGUUGCUGGUCAAACAUUUUCCCGCCAUCUGUUGUUCUUUAUGUGUUGCAGUGUGUUAGAUUUUACCGCCUUCUGUUUAAUGGUUCGCAGCUGGUACGACAUAUCGAAAAGCAAGAUCAUGUAUUUCGACCUCAUUUGAUUGUGAACUUGUAGAAGCUGUAUAUAGCUUGGGAAUACUUGUUGCAUGUAUUGUACAAUUUAAGAAUGUUGUAGAUUAAUGAAAGCUCUAUUGGGCUGUUAUUUUUAUUACUCCACCUUCACAACCAAAACACAUAAAAAUCGAAGUCGAUCAAUAUAAGAUCCUCCUUAAACGUUGAAAUUUGACAAAAAUCAUUAAGUUUAUUCAAAAAGACCAGGUUGUAUGCGCUUUUUUUAUCAAGGACAUCAAAACAUGCCUUAAGUUUCCUCAAUUAAUGUUCUAUGAAUUGAACAUCAAAGAGGGGAGUUUAACCUUAACACAUUACAAUAAAAUUUAUAUGUAAUCUUCUUUGUGUAUAACAAUAAUUUUCAUGAAGUUUUGUUUGCAUUACAUAAGUCACUCAAAAGUCUGAUAAUUGAUUGAAAGUGAUCGCUAAUUUUGUAUUUGUGAUUUUUCUUAUAUUUAUUUAUGAGGUAAAUAUUCACAAUGAGAUAUAAUAAAUGACAUUAAACAACGACUAAAAAAAUAAUAAUCUAAAUGAUUAUGUUUGGGAAGAUGUUAAUUAAAAUACUCUCUUAUAGUAUUAAAUUUUAACCAUUGCUUUUAGCAUCUCGUACAUUGGAACAAUUUUGACGACCAUAUAAAAACAAUAUAGAUUUUUUCGCACGUCUCGACGAUACGAAGAAAAAUUUAUAAGUGUUUUUUGUUUUAAAUGCGAAUUCUUUUAUAACUUUUGUAACUCAUAUUUUUCUUUAGCCACGUGCAUAUUCAAACUCUGUCUCAUAACCUACAAUAUUUAACAAACAUAUUGCAAAUGUUUUUUCAUUUAAGGUAGUUUUGAGACAUUUGCCGAGAUUCUGUAAAAUAAAUUUUUUAUUAAAUUAUCAUAGUAG